GCCCUGACCUGACCUCCUGAUGCUCAGGGGAAGCCAUGGGCCCCUCCUGUCCUGCGUUCCUGUCCUUCACAAAGCUCAGUCUGUGGUGGCUCCUUCUGACCCCAGCAGGUGGAGAGGAAGCCAAGCGCCCACCUCCCAGGGCUCCUGGAGACCCCCUCUCCUCUUCCAGUCCCACGGCGUUGCCGCAGGGAGGAUCCUAUACCCAGGCUGAGGACCGGCUCUUCAAAUACCUCUUCCGGGGCUACAAUCGCUGGGCACGCCCGGUGCCCAACACUUCAGACGUGGUGAUUGUGCGCUUCGGACUGUCCAUCGCUCAGCUCAUCGACGUGGAUGAGAAGAACCAAAUGAUGACCACCAACGUCUGGCUAAAACAGGAGUGGAGCGACUACAAACUGCGCUGGAAUCCUGCCGAUUUCGGCAAUAUCACAUCUCUCCGGGUCCCUUCUGAGAUGAUCUGGAUCCCCGACAUUGUCCUCUACAACAAUGCAGAUGGGGAGUUUGCAGUGACCCACAUGACCAAGGCCCACCUCUUCUCCACGGGCACUGUGCACUGGGUGCCCCCGGCCAUCUACAAGAGCUCCUGCAGCAUCGACGUCACCUUCUUCCCCUUCGACCAGCAGAACUGCAAGAUGAAGUUCGGCUCCUGGACUUAUGACAAGGCCAAGAUCGACCUGGAGCAGAUGGAGCAGACAGUGGACCUGAAGGACUACUGGGAGAGCGGCGAGUGGGCCAUCGUCAAUGCCACUGGCACCUACAACAGCAAGAAGUAUGAUUGCUGCGCCGAGAUCUACCCUGAUGUCACCUACGCCUUUGUCAUCCGGCGGCUGCCGCUCUUCUACACCAUCAAUCUCAUCAUCCCCUGUCUGCUCAUCUCCUGCCUCACUGUGCUGGUCUUCUACCUGCCCUCCGACUGCGGCGAGAAGAUCACGCUGUGCAUCUCGGUGCUGCUGUCGCUCACCGUCUUCCUGCUGCUCAUCACUGAGAUCAUCCCGUCCACCUCGCUGGUCAUCCCGCUCAUCGGCGAGUACCUGCUGUUCACCAUGAUCUUCGUCACGCUGUCCAUCGUCAUCACUGUCUUUGUGCUCAAUGUGCACCACCGCUCCCCCAGCACCCACACCAUGCCCCGCUGGGUGCGGGGGGCCCUUCUGGGCUGUGUGCCCCGGUGGCUUCUGAUGAACCGGCCCCCGCCACCCUUGGAGCUCUGCCACCCCCCAGGCCUGAAGCUCAGCCCCUCUUAUCACUGGCUGGAGACCAACGUGGAUGCCGAGGAGAGGGAGGUGGUGGUGGAGGAGGAGGACAGAUGGGUGUGUGCAGGUCGUGUGGCCCCCUCUGUGGGCACCCUCUGCAGCCACGGUCACCUGCACUCCGGAGCCUCAGGUCCCAAGGCUGAGGCUGUGCUGCAGGAGGGUGAGCUGCUGCUGUCACCCCGCAUGCGGAAGGCACUGGAAGGCGUGCACUACAUUGCCGACCACCUGCGGUCCGAGGAUGCCGACUCUUCGGUGAAGGAGGACUGGAAGUACGUCGCCAUGGUCAUCGACAGGAUCUUCCUCUGGCUGUUUAUCAUCGUCUGCUUCCUGGGGACCAUUGGCCUCUUUCUGCCUCCAUUCUUAGCUGGAACGAUCUGACUGCACCUCCCUCAAGUUGGCUCCCAGUGCACCCCCGCUGGCCGUCUUUUGACCAUCUCUGCUCCAGCUGCCUCUAGUGUCCUCUUUGGGGUGAGCGGGUGUCUCUCUGCAGAGUCUGGACACUGACCCAGGCAUUGCAGGCUUCCAUCCAGCUUAACAUUAUUGUACCAGGGCUGAGAGCCUGCUGGGUGCAAACUUCUGCUUUGGAUACUGAGGAGCUAGGGAAGCUCUGCAGAAGGUCACAAUAGUGUGGUGACCAAGUGGGGCAGAGUAAGAUUCUCCUGGAGGAGCAGUGCAGACCCUAAGUGACAGAAGGGUCAACCAGAGGGACAGUGGGGCCAGGGUGACGAGGAAGGGAAUGCAGAUGUCAAAGGAGGGGCCAUGGGGGCAAAGGGGAGGGUUCCUUGGGGGUGGAAGGGCUCUGAACAAUGUUUAGACUUGGGAAUGAGCCCGAAGUGCCAGGGAGAACAGCCAGAUGAGGUAGGAGGUUGGAGAGCCAGGU